ACAGUGACCUGUUUGUGGAUAUGUGCGCGCGCGCGCGUGAUUAAUCUAUGUCUUUCUGUUGAAGAUGAUGUGGGCUUUCUUGCAGAUUGUAAAGGUAGGUCACAGGUGGGACUUCGCCAUCGUCCUGUGGUGCUCAGCAAGUACUUCGAACCAGAUGCCUUCAAUGCCGGAAGAGCCCUUGUUGGCUCCAAACCCAGGUCGGUUCUGCAUGUUCCCCAUUCAGUACCCGCAGAUUUGGGAAAUGUACAAGAAGGCUGAGGCCUCCUUCUGGACCGCCGAGGAGGUCGAUCUCUCCCAGGACCUCCGCCACUGGGACGCACUCACCGGCGACGAAAGGCACUUCAUUAGUCACGUCCUCGCCUUCUUCGCUGCCUCCGACGGUAUCGUCCUCGAGAACCUCGCCGGAAGGUUCAUGAAGGAGGUUCAGGUCGCCGAGGCCCGCGCCUUCUACGGCUUUCAGAUCGCCAUCGAGAACAUCCACUCGGAGAUGUACAGCCUCCUCCUCGAAUCCUACAUCAGGGAUCCAAACGAAAAGAACAACCUCUUCCACGCAAUCGAUACCGUCCCCUGCGUCGCCAAGAAGGCCGAUUGGGCCCUCCGGUGGAUAGACAGCUCGGAAUCGUUCGCUGAGCGUAUCCUCGCCUUCGCCUGCGUCGAGGGUAUCUUCUUUUCCGGCAGCUUCUGCGCCAUAUUUUGGCUGAAGAAGCGCGGGUUGAUGCCAGGGUUGACUUUCUCGAACGAGCUAAUCUCCCGCGACGAAGGCUUACACUGCGAUUUCGCGUGUUUGCUGUACGGGUUACUGAGGUCGAAGUUGAGUGAGGAGCGAGUCAAGGGAAUCGUCGCUGAUGCAGUGAACAUAGAGCGGGAGUUCGUGUGCGACGCGUUACCUUGCGCCCUCGUGGGGAUGAACGGUGAUCUGAUGAGCCAAUACAUCGAGUUUGUGGCUGAUCGGCUUCUGGGUGCAUUGGGAUACAGCAAAAUCUACAACGUCCCAAACCCGUUUGAUUGGAUGGAGCUGAUCUCUCUGCAAGGAAAGACCAAUUUUUUCGAGAAGAGGGUCGGGGAGUACCAGAAGGCUUCGGUGAUGUCGAGCUUGAACGGGAAUGGAGGAACUCAUGUGUUUAAAAUGGACGAAGAUUUCUAAUUUUCUGAUUUAGGAUACUGUGGAACCCUGUGUACCUUAUUUUAGUAUGCUCGUUAGACUUGUUGAUUCUCUAUCAUCUAGACAUUAUGGUUUGGUCCACGCUGUUAUGUUUACUGGAUUCAAAUUUUGAACCCCUUGACUGUGUUGUGGAGGAUUCUCCACUGAAAUAUUGGCUUAAGUUGAUCAGAUUAUAAAAUAUGCACAGUGCAUAAUUGCAUAUGAAA